AACGAGGUCUCAGCACUUUUCUUUCAGGAAAGGGGAAAGGAAGGACAUUCCGGACAAAAGAGCAGGAGACUUUUAAAGUUUAAAUAGGCAGCCUCGGUGCCUGAAACAGUUGUUGCAUUUAAGUUUUAACCCUCUGAGGAAGUGAAGCGUUUGAUUUUACCUUCUUCACUGCUGACUAGCAAGGUAGCAGGCAGUGAAGAUGGGUGACUGGAGUGCUCUGGGAAGGCUCCUUGACAAAGUCCAAGCUUAUUCAACCGCAGGAGGGAAGGUCUGGCUGUCUGUCCUUUUCAUUUUCCGAAUCCUGCUGCUGGGGACAGCAGUGGAGUCUGCAUGGGGAGAUGAGCAAUCUGCAUUCCGGUGCAACACCCAACAGCCCGGUUGUGAAAAUGUCUGCUACGACAAGUCCUUUCCUAUCUCUCACGUCCGCUUCUGGGUUCUGCAGUUCAUUUUUGUGUCCGUACCAACCCUCAUGUACUUGGCCCACGUGUUCUACGUGAUGCGGAAAGAAGAGAAGCUCAACAGGAAAGAAGAAGAGCUCAAAGUUGUCCAGAGUGAGGGUGUUAAUGUAGACAUCCACCUCAAGCAAAUAGAAAUUAAGAAAUUCAAGUAUGGGAUUGAAGAGCAUGGCAAGGUCAAAAUGCGUGGGGGACUGCUCCGCACCUACAUUAUCAGCAUCAUCUUCAAAUCUUUCUUUGAGGUGGCUUUUGUGCUAAUCCAGUGGUACAUCUAUGGGUUUACCCUGCAAGCCAUUUACACUUGCCAGCGUGAUCCAUGCCCACAUAAGGUGGAUUGCUUCCUCUCACGUCCCACAGAAAAAACCAUCUUCAUUAUCUUCAUGCUGGUGGUGUCUAUCGUCUCUCUUAGCCUGAACAUCAUUGAAAUUUUUUAUGUCACCCUCAAGAGCAUUAAGGAUCGCAUGAAGACCAAAAGCAAUCCUUUCUCUCCCAACAGUGGCAUGAGUCCCUCCAAGGAAUGUGGAUCACCCAAGUAUGCCUACUUCAAUGGUUGCUCCUCUCCGACCGCCCCCUUGUCACCCAUGUCUCCACCCGGAUACAAGCUUGUUACCGGAGACAGGAACAAUUCCUCCUCCUGUCGUAACUACAAUAAGCAAGCCAGUGAGCAAAACUGGGCAAAUUACAGCGCCGAGCAGAACAGGAUUGGACAGGCCGGGAGCACCAUCUCCAACUCUCAUGCCCAGAACUUCGAGUUUGCCGAGGAGCCUGAGAACAGUAAAAAAAUGGCUUCUGGACAUGAGCUACAGCCUCUCACAGUGGUGGACCAAAGGCCUCCAAGCAGAGCCAGCAGUCGAACCAGCAGCAGACCUCGACCUGAUGAUCUGGAGAUCUAACCCUCCAGAGCUGCAGUACUUAACACAACUAUGAUAUGAAAUGCAUCCGAAGAUGCAAAUGCGGUGUUCACGCGAUUCCAUUGGAGGUGGUACUUUAACAAUCUCAGCCAGGAGAUUUUAACAAAUAUAAAAAAAACCCGAUGGAUUAUUACUUUUUUUUUUUUCAGUGGGAAGCUGGGAUGGUGCGGGGAAGUGGAGCACAUGUUGGUAUUUAAAGUAGCUGGUUUUAAAUUUUUAAAUGCUAACUUUUUUUAAAAAAAAUGUAGUCGAUACUACAGUAGGGAGUUCGGUUUUUCUUUUCUUUUAGAAAGAUUCUAAGAUGUCUGGAUACGUGUGUCUAUAAUAUGCUGAUAUUUCUAAAGAGUUUUGUUUUUGUUAUACUAAAAACAAAAGUUAAACUGAGAAUUUUUUUUCUUUCUUUUGCAUGUUGUCAGGAUGAAAUGGAGAUGGUAUUCUUUUACUGAACAACUGACAGUCUUAAGUCAGCUUUUGAUCAUUUUCCGAUUAAGAACAUUCCAUUGUUAAAAUGUGCACUUUGAAGGAAAAUUUCCUAGUAUGAACUUGUCAGUGUCUAUACAUUCAUGCAAUUAUCAUCUGUUUCCCUGGAAUCGAUCAACUACAUUUCAGACAAGGCCCACCCAAUGUGCUUGGAUCAUUUUCUUACUGUGCAUCAGACACACCGAUCUAAUUGAGGGGGUAGGUUGAAGUACUCCUUUGACUCCAUCAUUGUUCAUGCUACCACCACCACCACCAGAUCCUACUGACCACACAUAGCCUUCACCAAUUAACAAAUAUAAAGUGUGAAGCUGGAAAAUGAAGCCAUUUUGUUUAAUGUUACUUACUGGCAGCAAUCCUAUUCACAUAUAAAUCCAACAGAAAUCAAUGGCAUGGAACCACAGCUACUAGUUACAACCACAAUUAUGAAAAUGCUGGGCAUGUUUCCACAAAUGUGUGGAUUACAUCCACUCUCACGCACCCUUUCAAAGUCCCUUGUAUGCUUGAAUAUACACACAGAUAGUCUGUUGAUAUGGACUAUCACAUUCACAUCAGUGAACAGGGCAAUUUUACACCCACAAACACUUUGAUGUUGGAACAUCUCUGUUGAUAUGUAUCUUAUUUUUAAAGACAGGUGUGCAUGGAGUCAUGGAGAUAUUCAUGGAUAAUAAAGUCUCACACUAACAUGCACACAAAAUGCUUAAGCAUUUUGGGAUAGUAUGGGUCACUAAGAUGUUUACAUUAAACGAUUCCAGCAGUGCAAACUAAUCAGAUACUAAUUUUAACCAUAUUUAUCUUAUUUUCAUAUAUCCUGGAGCAGAGGCUAUACAAAUUUUUUAUAAAAUACGAAUACCAUCUUAAGAAUCAAGUCCUGGCAACUUUUGGAAAACUCCCAUUUGAAUUCCAAAUAGACAUUUUACCUGAAUAAGAAUUGUGAGUAAGUCUCCAAAAGAUUGCAUGUUUUUGCAGUUAUGAAUUAUUUUUCUUAAGAAAUAAUUUUUUCAUAAAAAUUAAAGGAGAAAGGAACCUGCUAGGUUACCUAGUCCAUUUCUCUGACUUGUUAUAACUUAUGCUUGAAUAACCGAGAUGGUAGUACUGGGUU